AUGGCGGCCAAUCUCCUCGAACAGGCCCCGCCUGAGUUCGCCCGCGUUUUGGCUGGUCUACCCGUGCCUCCGGCUAACGGCGGCCAACCUAACCAGGACGAGAACUACAGGCUAUAUGCGAUGGCGAACUUCAUCUACGCGGCGGUAGAUCAGCGGUCGUCCGAAUGGACUGACUACACCAGCGCUUCCAGCCCAUACCUGCCCGUUACGCCCUCUUCGCAAUCCCUCGCCGGUGACAACGCCCAUCUCCCCUCUUUUGUCGUGACGCGCGAGGGUUCUAUCCUGGACGAGCGCAUCGCCGAAGCCAUUCAAUCUGUACUCUGGCGCGUCCCCGACGUACGCGCGCGGCCGUCAGAUAGCCUACCCGAGAUGGGCAUCUGGUCAUGCCCGCAGUGCGACCUUCCCAUUGAUCCAGCAGACCUUACUGUGGAUCAGAGGGUACUCAUUGCGUAUCAUAUGGGCGUCGGCGAAGAUUGCGGAGUCGUGGAACACGCUGACGGUCGUGUCCAGCUGGAUCCGAAGAAUCCUUGGCAGUAUCUGCGUAGUGUCGAUUGCUUGGGCUGGGACCACUACGCGAUGCACUUACGCACAGAGUGUUUGAUUCUGUGGUAUCCAAGCCCAGUGUCGGCAUACAGGUCGGCGCCAGGUGUAUGGUGGGACGAGGACCGUUUAUCGCGCCGUCAAGUCUACAAAGCCGUACGGCUAGAGAACGAGGCACUCGAGCGUACGGAGAGACAUCAACUUCGCAUGUGGAAGGCGAAGAAGAUGAUUAAUCUUGCUAAAGGAGGGGUACACGCCGCGCGCUUUCAUCUCACGCGCUGGCGGCGUGGGGCCGUCGUAGCUCGCGAGGCGUUGGUGAAGCAGAUGUUCGCGGCUGGGCGUAACGUCGUGGAUACGGGGCUAGCGCUCGUAGCAUUGAUGGAUAAGGAGAGGGUGGAUGCCGAGCGCUUGCGGUGGCAAGCUCAGCGCGAACAGCACAACGAUAUCAGGCGCGAGUGGGAGGCACGCAAAACAGACUGGUCUCGCAUGUACCUAGGUGUUUGA